UCUGUCAUUCGUUUGUUUUGUUUCGCCUCCUUCGUUCUUCUUCUUCGUCUUCAGCUAAGUUUAGCUUCUUCUGCUCCAUCUUCCCCCAAGCGAUAGAAGAACUAGAUGGAUCGAAGACAGCACGAUUACGCUGCACCUUCUGGGCUGCCUUAUGCUCAGCAGCAAGUUCCAAACUUUCAACAACAACAGCAGCAAUUUGGAUUCCAUCCUCAGCAUCAACAGUAUCCACCACCAAUGAACGCUUCUGGUUUUAUGCCACCUCAUCCUUCUAUGCAGCAACAGUUCCCUUACCAGCAUCCUAUGCAUCAGCAGCACCCUCCUCACCCACAGAUGUUUAAUCAACAGCACCCUCCACAUCAUCACCACCUUCCUCCCCCAUUCCCUGGACCGUUUGAUUCAGCUCCUCCUCCUCCACCUCCAGCUGACCCUGAGCUGCAGAAGCGUAUCGAUAAGCUGGUUGAGUAUUCCGUUAAGAACGGUCCUGAGUUUGAGGCUAUGAUGCGUGAUAGACAGAAGGAUAAUCCUGAUUACGCGUUUCUCUUUGGCGGUGAAGGGCAUGGUUAUUACCGCCAUAAGCAGUUUGUCUCUAUGCAUCAUCCCCCUGGAGGACCUUUUGAUCCUCAGUUUCCGUCACCUUCCAUGCCUAUGAUGCAUCACCCGCCGCCGAAUCCCAUGAUGAGUCCUGGUGCUUUGGGAGUUCAGCCGAUUCGCCAACCUCCUUUCCCACCGUUCCAUGACCACCAGCAGCAUCAUCUUCCGCAGCCUCAUCCGUUUGCGCCGCCACCGCCUCAUGCUCGUCCUGAUUUUGAUCAGUCAGUUCAUGCUUUCAGGGGUCUUUCUGGUCCACUCCCUGCUGAUGUUGCUGUGGAGCUGAAUAGUGUGUUGGCCAACCUUAAUGGCACUAAGGAUUCUAUCAAAAGUGCUAAGAUUUGGUUUAUGCAAAGAUCUCCCUUUGCUCCAGCUUUGGCAGAGGCGCUUAGAGACAGGGUCUUUGCAACGGAUGAUUCUGAGAAGCAGAUGCACAUAGUUUAUCUCGCUAAUGACAUUCUCUUUGACAGUUUGCAGAGGAGGACAAACUUGCACGAGUUUGACAACGAAGCCCUUGCUUUCAGACCUGUUUUGGGUUCCAUGCUGGGAAAGAUUUACCACUGUCCACAUAACAAGGAAGCAAACCAGUCGCGUCUGGAGAACCUGUUGCAGUUCUGGGCUUCUAAGGAGGUUUUUGAUCAAGAUACCAUCUCCUCCCUUGAUAAAGAGAUGAGAAGUGGACCACCUCCAAAUACCUUUUCUCGUUCACCCAUUAUAGCAGCAAACUCAUUGCAGCAUCCAGGAAUGCUGCAACAGCAACAAAGCAGUAAUGUUCCUAGCACAAUGAACUUAGAGCAUCUGGCUAGUAAUCCGGUCGCAGCUCAACAGUUUAUCCCAAAUUCGCUUCCUCCUGGUGCCUUUCCCGGUUCCAUACCCUCAGUUCCACCUCCAACACAACCACCUGCUGGUGAGAAGCAGGCUCCUUAUCCUCUUUUUCCUCCUGGUCUGAUCCCUGGGAUGGUCAGAAAGAUGCAAGUCGGAAGUGGUGUGCCUUACUCCCCACUAAGCCCUCUUGAUAUCCCGACAGUCAUACCACCGUCUGUUACACCUCAGUCUCAAGUACUCGAGAGAGUAUCAAAGUUCUUCAAGGAGAUAGGUGAGGUCAACCCGAGUGAAGGUCCCAUGGGAUCUGAAUCGCAAGACGACUAUGACGAUUACGAGCGGGACAGUCCAGUGCGCAAAGGAGGUGCAUGCAUUCCUCCACCUGCUAAUCUACAGGUUGACCCCGAGACAGGGACAUAUGCGGAUGGAAGCACGGAUAAAAAGAGCACGUCCGGGAGAUUGGGACUUGGAGCAACAGCUGAUCCAAACGAACCAACUCAGUAUGAUGAUGUUUAUACAUCUUACAGGAAACACAGAAGUACGAAUUAUCACACAACCAUGAGUGCAAGAUCUACAGCCAGAUGAGAUUCAGUUCAACUUCUCAUCUUCUUAUGGCUACUCUCUACUUCAGUCUGUUUAGAGUUACGAAAAUAAACCUUCUCGUCUUCUUGUUACUGUGACAAAAAUAUGAUCUUCUCAGCUUUGGAAAAGACUUAUCAACACAUCCAUUUAUUCAGUUAAUUUUUUGCACUAAACCAAACUUGGACAACA